CUGAGCUGUCCACUAUAAACGAAACCAGACCGAAAGGCCGUGACAGCAUAGCAUCUAAUCAGCUUUGAAGCACGGUUACUAUCGGGUAUUGUGUCCCCGGCUGGACGCUAUAAAAGGGCCCUGCAGAAGCAGACAGUCUGGUGGAGCAGGUCACAGGAGCGCUGGGGAUCCGUCUGUUUCUGAGCUCUCGGGAUUUCUCUCCUUUCAACAGUCAUGGACAUCAUGCGGCCGUCUCUGUUGGUCUGUUUUUUGGGGCUCAUUGUCUUGUGUCGAGCUCAAGACUCAACCCUUGUGAAGUGCGCCAGGGAUACUGUGGACUACCGGCCACCCAAAAACUCUGAUAUGAACGUGACCUGUGGGACCGAUAAGAUGUACUUGAGUAUUCUGCUGUGUCCUAUAUACUUUGGCGGGUACAACGAGACCCUCAUGGCCCUCAACAGCCAAUUCAACACGCCAGGGUGCCAGGGCAUCGCUGAACUGAACACUAGCUCUCCAGUCCUCAAGUUCAGCUUUGGUAUCAGCAAACAGGGUGUAAACCUCUGCGGUAACUCACUGAAGAUCACCAGUGAGGCAGGGACAGGGAUAUUUUCCCAAUACUCCAACGUGCAGCAAGUCAACAUCUCUGGGAAAAUCAACUCAUAUGACCCCAGCGCCGGAACCAUCACCUAUAAGCAGGAGGUCAUGUACCAGUUCUCCUGUCAAUACCCGCUGGUAUAUUUUGUCAACAACACAGAACUAAGUGUGUCAGGGGUAAGUCUUGCUGUUAAGGACAACAAUGGCACCUUCAUUAGCACACUGAGCAUGUCACUCUACAAGGAUCAAGGUUUCACACAACCCAUGUCGAUACCACAAAAUGGCCUCCAGCUGAAAACCCGAAUCUUUGUGGAAAUCAAGGCCACUAAUCUCACAGACAGGUUCAACGUUCUCCUGGACCGCUGUUAUGCCAGUACGAGCCCCGCCCCCACAAAUAGCACCUUCUACGACCUGUUUGUUGGGUGUAGCAAAGAUAUACAGACGGUGGUGCACCUGAACGGAGCCUCCCAGAGGGCCCAGUUCUCCUUUGAGGCGUUCCGCUUCACGGAGCACAAGAACAAGACCGUCUCCACCUUCUACCUGCACUGUCUCACCCGGCUGUGUGAGAACUCCACCUGCGCCUCCAUGAUGCCGACCUGCAACUCAAGGAGAAGAAGGGAGGUGGAGUCUGUUUUGGCCAAUAGGAAGAGGAGGGAGGCAGAGUCUGAAUCUGAUGUAGCUAUGGUGUCAUCCGGGCCCAUCUUCACAAGAGUGGACAGCGCAACUCCAACAAAUGCAAUGGUGCAAGCCUCAGGCUCCACCCACUCCACCGGUGAUCUGACAGGAGUGGCCAUCACCACGGGGAUCCUGUGUGCUGCCUGUGUUGGCAUGGCAGCUAUCAUCGCGUUCCUGAUGAGGAGGAGGAUGACACGCUGAUCCUGCCAGGGACGCCAUAACACAGUUGACCACCUUGGUAAAGUUACUCAAACACAUUCAACAUUCAUUUAACAUUCAUAAUGGAAAUAACUGUGCGACACUCAAAUAUAUCCUUCAAACAACAAAGGGUGUAUUGAAAAUCAUUGUGGCAUGUGAGGGACAUCAGUCUCUAUGUUGCGCAAUUGGUUUAAUUUUGGUGAUGAGAUCAGUUGGUCAGGGAGCAUAAUUAAAAAUAAAAAAAGCUGGGCCAACUUAAAAAUGUAAGGCAACCAACUGCCUAAGCUUUCUAAGUUUUCUGAACUUCAGGCCUUAAUAGUUGUGCAACUAGUUCUCAUACGUUCUCAAACAGAACAGAACUUUAAGUUUACUCAAACUUCUUUUAAAAUUAUAAUCAAAUGGGAACACUGAUUUAGUUCAGAUUAAAAUUAUACUUUGAGUAAACUAAUAACCUAACUUAGAUAUGUAAGCUGGCACAACUGCACGGUUCCAGAACUUGAAAAAGCUUAGGCAGCUGGUUGCCUUACAUUUUUAUGUAAUUUUAACAAAUUUUCACUUUGUAAAUCUACUUGUGAAUCUACUGAACAGGCUACA